CCAACCUUGAGAUCACAACAUGAGUUCUGUAGACCUCAACGGCAUCAUCCCGUCGAAAGGCAAGGGGAAGGGGCAUGCCAAAGGUGGCGCUGCUGCCAAUGCGAAGAGCGGGGACAGUUUGUACACGUGGAACGAAGACCGUGUGAACGAAGUGCGCUCGAACAAGCAGUGGAGCCAUGACCCCAAGUACUUUCGGCGAGUGCAGGUAUCACCGUCGGCGACGAUGAAGAUGCUGUCUCAUGCGCAGUCGGGAGUGGAGAAAGGCAUGAGCUCUCCUGGGGGAAAGCCUGUGGAGAUCAUGGGAUUGCUCUUGGGACGGCCGUCCACAGACCCCGCGAAUCUCAACACGCUCAUUGUCACGGACGCGUUCCCGUUGCCGAUUGAAGGUGCCGAGACCAAAGUACUUGCCGACGACCAGGAAGUGAUGAACUAUAUGAUUUCGCUGGGGGAAGCGAUUGAAACGACGCGAAAGGAGAAGUUUAUGGGGUGGUAUCAUAGCCAUCCGUUCGACGUCGAAGUCACAUCCCAUUGCUUCCUCAGCAGCACCGACUUGAGUACCCAGCUCCAGUGGCAGCGCUCUGAAGAUCCACAUGGCAAUCCAUGGCUCGCCAUCGUCAUCGACCCCCUCCGAUCGCUCGCGAAGAAGCGACCAGAGAUGGGUGCCUUCCGCGCGUACCCUCCCGAGUUUGCCGCGCCGGUCAACGAAACCCCCGACGGCCAGAUCGUCACCGACGAUACGGCGCGUGUCGAACGCUGGGGCAGUUGCUGGAAUCGGUAUUGUACCCAAGUACUCGUUGGCGACGAUUCCACCCGUUUGUUUGUGAUUAGGUACUAUGCGUUGGAGAUUGAGUACUUUAUGAGUACACUGGGCGCAAAUGUGCUGGGGGUACUCAGUGAAAAGUUCCUGUGGAUGCGGACGUUGAGCUCGACGCCGACGCUGGAGCGGGAGAACCGCGAGCGAUUUUCUGAGCGCAUUGGGGGGCUUGCAACCAAGUUGGACGGAUGCGAGGCUUCCGUGGGCAACGCCAAGGGCUACUCGUCUCGCAUGAACUUUGGAUACUAUGUGCCCGACACGCUCAAGACGGCGGCAGCAUCCAAUGAAGACUCGGCCCUCGACAAAUGUACGCAAGCCGCCAACGAACUGUCCAUCGAGCAACUGCAUGGACAAACCAUGCAAGUGGCCAAGCAGAUCUUGUUCAAUUGACCCAAUCUAUCGCCGUUUGUCCUUUUGCCAUACAACAACAGCAACAUGGCUAGUAACGUUAUGAUGGAUACGUACGUGGGAUACUUACUACUGUACUAGUUCCUACUAACUUACUAGUACUACACGCACCGAUUGU